UCUGCACAAAAACGUUAGUACGCCCGGGAAGCCAUAGCCGAACGCGAAAUCAAUCCUCGUGUGCUCCAAGGAGAGUGCACUCACUAUCUGAAUGACAAUAUUUUCAUCGGAAAUUUUUGAAAUGCCGUUGUUCUAAAUCGAGACAUAUCUUACCGUAGAGAUCACAGUUGAUGCUAAAUUUGGGCCAUGUGAGCCAAUUAAACCAUCAACUACUGAAUAUCCUCUUGGUUUGGAGUUACUUGAUAAACAAGUGCUGGUUAUAAUCUGACAAUGCGGCCAAGUGUUAUUCUACCGGUGCUCGUGCUGUUUGUGUUCACCCAGGUCCUUGUUAUAGAAGCCAAACUUCAGCAACAGGCGACAAUCGAUGUGACGGAGGAGGAUGAGGAUGACGACGACUACGAUGACGACUACUCCAAGCCCGAGAUUGAUGAUGACGGAAGGAUCUACAAGAAUCCACGGAAUUCGCCUUCGGCAAUGUGUCCGAGGGACGAGAGUCAGGCAAAAUUGCUUGGCCAGAAGUGUCUGAGGAAAUGCUCCACCGAUGAGGACUGCAAGAGUACCAAGAAGAAGUGUCGGUGUGAUGGUAUCUGCGGUAUGUCAUGUCUCAAACCGGAGAAAAUGUGUCCGACCCUGCUGGAUAUAUCGUAUGGAAAAAUGACGGUCACUGGGAAUUUCUUUGGUGAUACUGUGCAUUACGAGUGCGAUCCGGAUUACUUCAUGGUUGGGCUUGCUGAGAGAAAUUGCAGGGGCGACGGAACUUGGAGCGGUACUGUGCCGGCUUGCAAGAAGGACACCAACUCCUUCUGCACGGAACCACCAAAAAUUCCUAAUGCAAAGAACAGCGCGCCACUGGAGCAGACAACAUUCGAUUUGGAGAAUACGGUUCAGUAUUACUGCGAUCACGGCUACGAAACUAGAACACAAUUUCAACAGGCGAAGUGCUUGAUGAUGGAUGGGAAGGUCAGUUGGUUUGGACCGGACAUUGCCUGCGGCCCGAAGAACUGCGGCUCACCGCCGGAUAUACCGAACGGAUGGCACGCUGGUGAGUGUCAUACCUACAAUUGUCGUGUUUCCUAUCACUGCGCUGACGGUCAUGAACUCGUGGGUAAAGCGGAGAAAGUCUGUCUGGCUGACGGCACAUGGACUCCAAAGGAUCUACCCCAGUGCGUCCAAGUAACGGCUGUUCAGUGCCCAUUACCCGAUCAUCCGACCAAUGGAAAAGCCAUUUACACUUCCUACGCUUACAACGCGAUUGUCUCGUACGAAUGCAUAUAUGGGUAUAUAUUAGUAGGGCAGGCAACAAGAAAGUGUCAGGCUGAUAGAAAAUGGUCUGGACAGGCACCGAUGUGUAAAGAAAUUGACUGUGGCUCACCCGGAAUUCUGUACAACGGAUGGAUCGAGGGUCUCGAUACCGAGGGAACUGGUCUUGGGGCAAGCAUAAUCUUUCGGUGUGCGACUCACAUGAAGCUCAAGGGGAACACAUCGUCAGUAUGUCAGCAGGAUGGCAAAUGGCGGUAUCCAUUACCUCACUGUCUCGCACCGUGCAUCAUCCCAGAGAUUGACAAGGGUCACAUUACUGUGGACCACCACGAUACGUCACCCGACCAUAUAAACAAUGUUACUGUUGUUGAACACGGCGAGAAGCUCAAGGUCUUCUGCAUACCAAACUAUGAAUUCGCUCAGAACAGCACACCAGUGGUCUGUAACAAUGGAACCUGGUCCAUUAUUCCGACGUGUUCACCAGCGCGGUGCAAGCAACUACCAAGAACACCGAAAAACGGCAUGGUGAUUGCACCAAAGAUGAACCACGGGAUGAAGGCUGUGUUUAAGUGUAAAGAUGGUUUCGUUCUGAUUGGUGGUCCCAAGAAUGAUUCUUUUCACGUGGAGUGUAAUUACGGCACCUGGAUUGGUCAGACGCCUCACUGUGAAGAAGUCUAUUGCGCCUUUCCGGGCUAUGUUCCCAACGGAAAAGUCCUACUCGUCGGAAACAUGGGAGUCUAUGACUAUCGACCUUACGUCAAGAAGGUCCCGAACAACAAGCAGAUCAUGUACGACUGCGAUAAGGGGUAUGUCUUGAGUGAGGGCCCUCCCGGUGCAACAUGUGUUGGUGGACACUGGAGGCCAAAGCAAUUACCAGAAUGUCUACCCGGCCAGCAUCCACGGAUUCGAUGGAGCAGACGAAGGAGAUCUAUUGACGAGCUACAGGCAACAGUCAACUCAACGACAAAUUUUAAGAAGUUCAUUGAAUUCUUUCGGCGAGUUGGUAAAAAGUUGUUGCACAUGGAAUUAGAUAAAGCACAAGAAUCCGAACGACGGAAAUUGGAAACCGAGGAGGUCAGUAACUUUACAGCCAUUCCCUUGGGGUUAGUUGAUAAUAAACCUCAGAAUAACUCGGAUAAACUCGAUAGCAAGAUUUAUUCGGUGGAUUCAAACAGUACCAUCGAGAGUUUGUUUGUUAGAAAGAAGCAUUCAUCCCACCGUAACAAAUCGCGCUCCAAGGAUGAUAAGAUGAUCGACUUCCUCAAGGUUGUUUAUCGUAAACUCAAACGAAUUGAUUCAAGGAGAAACAACACUGGUGUCAACACCACUAUGCACGAACUACUUAAUCUCAUGACUAAAAACUUUUUCCACGUUGAUCUCGCUGAGUCCCGUCGUAACAAUACAAAUCGAUACCACGAUAGCUUUGAAAUCCGCAAUCAGAGGGAAUUCAGUAAAUUAAAACGUGAAUUCGAGAGGAUAAUGAAGUUUUACAAUAAAUCUCUGAGAUGGAGUGAGAAACAGAGUAGGAAAGACUCGAAGCGGCGAAAGACUGAACACAGCGAUGAUAAUAAAGUUUCAAAAGACAAGAAGCGAAAGAAGGGGGCUAGGUCCAAAAGUUAUUACCGAGGUUUCUACGAGUUUAUUAAUGGGUACGUCAACGAAAAAUUGUCGAUUUUGGAGUCGCAGAAUGGGACUGACGAGCUCAUGCGAAAAAUGAAUAUAGACAAGUUUACCGUGCGCAACGGUACAACAUUCACUGUUGGUGAAAUAUAUGCGUUCUUCAAACAUAUCAUAGAUAAUAAAUUACAUUCAGAGGACACAGUAGCAAUACCAGAGCAAGCAUCAACAUCAACAGCAUCAUCUGUCACUUCGGGGACAAAUGAUAAUCAAACAACUUCAUCAACUGUAGCAUCAUCAACGACAGACUCUCACUUGGAUAACGAGAUACCGAACUUGGGAAACAAGAGUGAGAUAGCUAAGCACCGCACCAAGAGAAUAAGAAAUACCAGUGAGCAAACAACAAGUACACCUCAUCAAAAUCGCAAACUUCUCUCGGUAAAUUCACCAUUGAGCAGCUCAAAGGCAUCAUCCUCACACACUAGUACCACUCAAUUAUCAAAAUCAAAGCAAUUCACUCUGAAUGGUCUCGAGGCACAGCAGCAGAGUCGCACAAAGAGAUUUCUACCACCAUCUGAGUUGGAUAAUCAAAUAUUCCUUAAGAAUCUUUAUCUCAAUGCUUACGAAGACGAAUACAGGGCGAAUGUUCGUCGUUCAAUUACACAGGACAGUGGACGCACUAAUUGGACAGCUCUGAGACGUCGCAAGGGUAAUCUCGGUCAUUAUGAGAUCAAGUGAGGGGAAUAAUUUAUUUGUGAUAUUAUGAAGAAAAAUCAACACGAUAAUUCAAAAACAAUUUAUUAAAACAUUUACCAAUUAUCGAAUGAAAAUGAAUGAUUUUAGGUGACUAUACACAAUAUUAUACAAUAGUUGAUGGUUAAUCCUUUCACCUUCCAACACUGUAACGUGUAUAACUGCUUUUUUCAAUA